AUGGACACACAAUGGCCCCGUGACCUGACACUGCUACGCCCUGCGACCCCUGAAGACAGCAGAGACCUCCGUGUCCUGACAUUGCGACGCCCUGCGACCCCUGAAGACAGCAGAGACCUCCGUGUCCUGACUCUGCUACGCCCAGCGACCCCUGAAGACAGCAGAGACCUCCGUGACCUGACACUGCUACGCCCAGCGACCCCUGAAGACAGCGGAGACCUCCGUGACCUGACUCUGCUACGCCCAGCGACCCCUGAAGACAGCAGAGACCUCCGUGUCCUGACUCUGCUACGCCCAGCGACCCCUGAAGACAGCAGAGACCUCCGUGUCCUGACUCUGCUACGCCCUGCGACCCCUGAAGACAGCAGAGACCUCCGUGACCUGACACUGCUACGCCCUGCGACCCCUGAAGACAGCAGAGACCUCCGUGUCCUGACACUGCUACGCCCUGCGACCCCUGAAGACAGCAGAGACCUCCGUGACCUGACACUGCUACGCCCUGCGACCCCUGUCAGAGACCUCCGUGUCCUGACUCUGCUACGCCCUGCGAUCCCUGAAGACAGCAGAGACCUCUGUGACCUGACACUGCUACGCCCUGCGACCCCUCGACCCCUGUGUGACAGCAGAGACCUCCGUGUCCUGACUCUGCUACGCCCUGCGACCCCUGAAGACAGCAGAGACCUCCGUGACCUGACACUGCUACGCCCAGCGACCCCUGAAGACAGCAGAGACCUCCGUGUCCUGACUCUGCUACGCCCAGCGACCCCUGAAGACAGCAGAGACCUCCCGACCCCUGAAGACAGCAGAGACCUCCGUGACCUGACUCUGCUACGCCCUGCGACCCCUGAAGACAGCAGAGACCUCCGUGACCUGACACUGCUACGCCCUGCGACCCCUGAAGACAGCAGAGACCUCCGUGACCUGACACUGCUACGCCCUGCGACCCCUGAAGACAGCAGAGACCUCCGUGACCUGACUCUGCUACGCCCAGCGACCCCUGAAGACAGCAGAGACCUCCGUGACCUGACACUGCUACGCCCUGCGACCCCUGUCAGAGACCUCCGUGUCCUGACUCUGCUACGCCCUGCGACCCCUGAAGACAGCAGAGACCUUCGUGUACUGACACUGCUACGCCCUGCGACCCCUGAAGACAGCAGAGACCUCCGUGUCCUGACACUGCUACGCCCAGCGACCCCUGAAGACAGCAGAGACCUCCGUGACCUGACACUGCUACGCCCAGCAACCCCUGAAGACAGCAGAGACCUCCGUGGCCUGACACUGCUACGCCCAGCGACCCCUGUCAGAGACCUCCGUGACCUGACACUGCUACGCCCUGCGACCCCUGAAGACAGCAGAGACCUCCGUGACCUGACACUGCUACGCCCAGCGACCCCUGAAGACAGCAGAGACCUCCCAGAGACCUCCGUGUCCUGGCUCUGCUACGCCCUGCGACCCCUGUGUGACAGCAGAGACCUCCGUGACCUGACACUGCUACGCCCUGCGACCCCUGAAGACAGCAGAGACCUCCGUGUCCUGACACUGCUACGCCCUGCGACCCCUGUCAGAGACCUCCGUGUCCUGACUCUGCUACGCCCUGCGACCCCUGAAGACAUCAGAGACAUCCGUGACCUGACUCUGCUACGCCCAGCGACCCCUGAAGACAGCAAAGACCUCCGUGUCCUGACACUGCUACGCCCAGCGACCCCUGUCAGAGACCUCCGUGACCUGACACUGCUACGCCCAGCGACCCCUGAAGACAGCAGAGACCUCCGUGUCCUGACACUGCUACGCCCUGCGACCCCUGAAGACAACAGAGACCUCCGUGUCCUGACUCUGCUACGCCCAGCGACCCCUCGACCCCUGUGUGACAGCAGAGACCUCCGUGUCCUGACUCUGCUACGCCCUGCGACCCCUGAAGACAUCAGAGACCUCCGUGACCUGACUCUGCUACGCCCAGCGACCCCUGAAGACAGCAAAGACCUCCGUGUCCUGACACUGCUACGCCCAGCGACCCCUGUCAGAGACCUCCGUGACCUGACACUGCUACGCCCAGCGACCCCUGAAGACAGCAGAGACCUCCGUGUCCUGACACUGCUACGCCCUGCGACCCCUGAAGACAACAGAGACCUCCGUGUCCUGACUCUGCUACGCCCAGCGACCCCUGUCAGAGACCUCCGUGGCCUGACUCUGCUACGCCCAGCGACCCCUGAAGACAGCAGAGACCUCCGUGUCCUGACUCUGCUACGCCCAGCGACCCCUGAAGACAGCAGAGAACUCCGUGUCCUGACUCUGCUACGCCCAGCGACCCCUGAAGACAGCAGAGACCUCCGUGUCCUGACUCUGCUACGCCCAGCGACCCCUGAAGACAGCAGAGACCUCCGUGUCCUGACUCUGCUACGCCCAGCGACCCCUGAAGACAGCAGAGACCUCCGUGUCCUGACUCUGCUACGCCCAGCGACCCCUGAAGACAGCAGAGACCUCCGUGACCUGACUCUGCUACGCCCAGCGACCCCUGAAGACAGCAGAGACAUCUGUGACCUGACUCUGCUACGCCCAGCGACCCCUGAAGACAGCAGAGACCUCCGUGACCUGACACUGCUACGCCCAGCGACCCCUGUGUGA